AUGGCGAAGAUAUUUUCGCAUCUGUCCGUCGCAGACCGGUGUUCCGUGUCGCUCGUGUGUCGCCUGUGGUUUCGCUACGAGCGACUGCUGCCGCAUUACAUGCAGAGCGAGGUGAGCGCAACGGAACUCCGCUUCAUUCUGCGCCGUUUCCCCCUCAUCCGCACGCUGCGCGUCCGCUGCCUCGGUCCCACCGUGCUGCCGGGAGCGCCGCGGGAGGAGCGCGCGGAGGACCGUUACCACAAGCGCCCAGGCGGAGGGGGAGGGGGGGGAGUGCGAGCAGGGGGUGGGGGCGGCGGGGUGCAGGUCGGGGGAAGCGGAUCAGAGGCUGGGGGAGGCGAAACGCAGGCAGGGGGAGCCUGGGCAGCGGCUGUUGGGGGAGGAGAACCGCGGAACGACUCCCCGAACGCGGCCGCCAUUACUCCCCCUUCCGCCGCCGCCGCCGCGUCUCCUAUCAGCGACCAGCAAAUCCUAGACGGGUCAGCCAUUGUGCGGCUGCUCUCGCUCAACACGCCGCUGCAGAUCCAACAGGUGGCCGGCACGCAGGUGGAAUACCUCUCCAUCUGUAACUGCGGCGAGUUCGAGGUUCACCAGGGUUUAAGGGAUUACCUAACGCAUACUAUUGCCACGUGGGGGCGUACCAUUCGUCAUAUCGAGAUGCACGAUCCGUUGCCGUUAGCGGACGAGUUUUGGAAAUGCGUGGAAGGGCAUCCGAUGCUUAGCAAAGUGACGGUGUAUAAGUGCACGCACUUAACGGACCGGUUCGUGCGCCACGUGGCGCGGUGCGGCGCGCUGAAGGAGCUGUCGAUCGCCAGCUGUCCGAACGUGAGUGGCGGCGGGUUUGCUGAGCUGGCGGAGAAGUGCCCGGGAUUGGAGGGAAUGGUUCUGGAAGAUCUGAGUCUGUCCGUUGUGGCGAAGAAAGCGCGCCGUGCGCCUGGGGCAGGGCGGGCGGGCGGGCGAGGGGUGGGGGAAGGGGCGUUGGAAGCGGAAAGGAUACGGGGAGGGGAAGGAGAAAGCGCGGGGGGAGGGGCAGGGGAGGAUGUGCGCAUGGGCGAGGGGGGAGGAGAGGCGGAGAGAGGGGCUGGCGGCAUGGAAGGUGGGGAGGGGCGAGAGGGGGACAUGGCGCAAGAGGGCGUAGGGCGGGCGGGUGAGGGGAAUGGGGAGGUGACGGCAAAUGAGGCGGAUGGGUGGGAUGGGGCGAUGAGGCUGAGUGGAGAAGCAGAGGGGGAAGCAGCAGGAAAGGGAGGCAGUCUCGCUGCAUCCUUCCCCAAUCUCUCCUCCUUGAAACUCAUCAACUGCGCGCUCGAUGCUCAUUGGCUGGAAAUGUUUGCCGGGCAGCUGGCCGCCCUGCGCAGGCUGACCGUCAUGGCCUGCCCGGACCCGCUCGACCGAUUUUUUCUGACCGCUGCCCGAACAGCUGCCCGGCUGGAGAGCGUGGAAAUAGUAGACUGCGAGGGUGUGAGUGACCGUGGUAUUGUGGCUCUUUUGAACGGCUGCCCGACAAUCAACUCCCUGACACUGAGUGGGUGCGAGGGAGGGCAGGUAGACGGAGGAGGAGAAGGGGGCGGAGGAAGAAGAGGAGGGAGAGGGGGAGGAGGCGAUGGGGGCGGAGAGGGCAGUGGAGCGGCGAGGGUGACGGAUGAGAGUCUGAGGGCGGUGGUGGUGCAUGGAGUGGGGUUGCGAUCGCUGCAGCUCAAAUGGAGCCCCGGCUUCACUGGCCUGCAUCUCGCAAGGGACGUGCUGGAUGCACGACGGCUGCACCUAGAGGGGUUGGAUGGGCUCUCCGAUUCCUUCCUGCUGCUCGCUGCUGCCACCCUCCCCCGCCUCUCCACAAUCGCCGUGGAAUAUUGCAGGGAGAUCUCAGAAGCUGGGCUGAACCCCCUGGUGAGGUCGUGUCAUCGCCUGCAGCACAUGUGCUUCUCUGGCUUCCGCACCACCCACCUCUCCGACCUCCUCCUUCACACCAUUGCAUCGCACUGCCCGCUGCUCACCACUCUCACUCUCCGCGCCUCGCCCCCUGCGCUCAUCUCAUUCCCAUCUCAACGAAGCUCGCCUCUUCAUGCCCUAUCACCGCACCGCAACGCGCCGCACUCCUCUUUUGCUUCCCCUCGACCCCACACUCCUCGUUCCCCAUUGCUUUCUGCUUCCCCCAGUCUGCUCAAGUUCCUCCAGCACAACCCUUGGUUUCCUGCGCCCUCGUGCCUCGUAUGCGAUGAUGGCCACUGA